UGGUUGGAUCGGACGGUGCUUCUCUUUCCCUUUUGAUCCGCUGUUCCUCUUCCGCUGAUCCUACAUCGUCCUCGGCUCUCCCUCGCGGUUCUUCCCUUGACUUCAGCAGAUCAGCUCUAGGGCGGUGCCUCUCAGCGUGUUUUUCUUUUACUGAUUGGGCAUCUCGUUUCGCUCCGAUUUGCAGCACCUGCUAGGAGACCUAGCCGCGAGUAGAGGAGUUAAAAUUCUCAUGCGAGUGGGCCGGGCGGUAGCAGCGAGCAUCAUUGCUCCUUUUCUACUCUUGUUUGCAAGCAGCCUUGGAACGCGCGAGCGUUGUGCGACGGCGUUCCCUUAUUGUUUGAGAUAGGCUAGGUGAGCAAUAGGUUUUUGAGAAUGAGUCAACCUUCUGUCAUUCUUGCCACGGCAAGCUAUGAUCAUACUAUCAGAUUCUGGGAGGCCAAAAGUGGGCGCUGUUAUCGCACCAUUCAAUACCCAGAUUCUCAAGUAAAUAGGCUGGAGAUUACACCUGACAAAAGAUACUUAGCUGCUGCUGGCAAUCCCCACAUCCGUCUUUUCGACGUUAACACUAAUAGUCCACAUCCAGUUAGAAGCUAUGAAUCACAUACUAAUAACGUCAUGUCAGUGGGUUUUCAAUGUGAUGGAAAUUGGAUGUAUUCAGGGUCUGAAGAUGGGACAGUGAAGAUAUGGGAUUUGAGAACUGCAACUUGUCAACGAGAAUAUGAAAGCCGUGCAGCUGUAAAUACAGUCGUUCUACACCCAAACCAAAAAGAACUAAUAUCUGGUGAUCAAAAUGGUAACAUAAGAGUGUGGGAUCUGGCUGCAAAUUCGUGCAGCUGUGAGUUAGUUCCAGAGGUUGAUACAGCUGUAAGGUCUUUGACCGUGAUGUGGGAUGGAAGCAUGGUUGUCGCUGCAAAUAAUCAUGGAACAUGUUAUGUCUGGCGCUUACUAAAAGGAACUCAGACAAUGACCUACUUUGAACCACUCCAUAAAUUACAAGCACACAAUGGAUAUAUCUUGAAGUGUCUGCUUUCUCCAGAAUUUUGUGAUCCCAAUCGGUAUCUUGCUACUGCUGCAUCUGAUCACACUGUGAAAAUAUGGAACGUAGAUGGUUUUACCUUGGAGAAGACUUUAACAGGACAUCAGCGCUGGGUUUGGGAUUGCGUUUUCUCUGUCGAUGGUGCUUAUCUGAUAACAGCUUCAUCUGAUACGACUGCAAGACUUUGGUCGAUGUCCACUGGAGAAAUCAUCAGGGUUUACCAAGGUCAUCACAAAGGCACAAUCUGCUGUGCUCUCCAUGAUGGCGCUGAAUCACCGCCUACCUGACCAGUGUUUAUAUCAUUCGAAGUGUUGCUCUUCAUGAUGGUGUUUCUCGAUGCUAUUUGUCUUUCAGAAUUUAUUCGACUUCUUUGAGGUAAACUAUUCGCGACACUGAUGGUGCUGUGUCCAUGUCUAUAAUUUAUAAAGUAGCAUUAUAACGAA